GAUGGCGGCUUGCGGCUCCGCUUUGUUCGACUAUCGGAGCACGCCACGGCCCCGACCCGGGGGUCCGCGCGGGCCGCAGGCUAUGACCUGUACAGUGCCUAUGAUUAUAUAGUACCACCUAUGGAGAAAGCCCUUGUGAAAACAGACAUUCAGAUAGCUCUUCCUUCUGGGUGCUAUGGAAGAAUAGCUCCACGUUCUGGCCUGGCUGCAAAAUACUUCAUAGAUGUAGGAGCUGGUGUCAUAGAUGAAGAUUAUAGAGGAAAUAUUGGUGUUGUGUUAUUUAAUUUUGGCAAAGAGAAGUUUGAAGUAAAAAAAGGUGAUCGAAUAGCACAGCUCAUUUGUGAACGGAUUUUUUAUCCAGAUAUAGAAGAAGUUCAAGUGUUGAAUGACACUGAAAGGGAUUCAGGAGGUUUUGGUUCUACUGGAAAGAAUUAAAAUAUAGGUCAAAUAUAGAAAAAUGUUACUUUCUCUUAAAAAUAAAACUUUCUGCUUAAAGUGUUAGUAUUUUGCACGACUGAAAAGCUAGCUUUAGCUUCUGAAAGUUUAUUUUCUUACAAUAAAGGAAAGAGUUUCUUUGUUAGUAUCACAUAGAAACUUUCUUGUAUUUUUUUCAGUUUAUGGUUGUAUGUAAAUCUGUGGUAAUCUAAUGCAAAAUUUUUAAAAUCAAAUGUACAUUAAUUUCAAAUUUUAAA